CACGGAGAUAUUUUGGUGUAACACAAAACAUUCAGUUGGGGCUUGAAGUGUUCCAUAACGACAUGUGUAUGCCAAAACGUAAUCCGCAUGAUCGCCAAAAUACUCUGCAUGUUUGUCUUAGAAGACAGAUACCCUAAAAUCCUUUCAGCUGCUUCUCAAUCAUGAGUGGCUCCAAACCGGACAUCCUUUGGUCUCCCCACCACCCAGACCGAUAUGUCAUCUGUGACUCUGAACUGGGCCUAUACCGUAUUGGACCUGUGGGCAGUUCAGAAACAAAGGCUGGCACUCUCCCUCUCUCUGAAGAAACUGCUGCUACUCUACUUGCUAUUAACUCUGAUACCCCUUAUAUGAAAUGUGUAGCCUGGUAUCCAAAGCAUGAGCCUGAGUGUUUGCUCGCUGUCGGCCAAGCUAACGGCAGAGUGGUGCUCACUAGCCUGGGUCAAAGCCACAACUCCACAUGUAAAGAGCUGGUGGGGAAAGAGUUUGUACCCAAACAUGCUCGGCAAUGCAAUACUUUAGCCUGGAACCCAGUGGACAGUAACCUGCUGGCUGCAGGGCUGGACAAACACAGGGCAGACUUCUCUGUCCUCAUAUGGGACAUCAGCAGUAAGUUUUCCCCCGAGGCCAGUGUCGCUGCUGAGAAGAUUCGUCUCUCAUCUGUGGAUCUGGACUCUAGCUCGGUAGUGACCAAACCAUUGUAUGAGUUAGGGCAGAAUGAUGCUUGUCUGUCCCUCUGUUGGCUGCUUCGUGACCCAAAGCUGCUGUUGGCUGGCAUGCACAGAAACCUUGCAAUAUUUGACCUCAGAAACACCAGCCAGAAAACAUUUGUCAACACCAAGGCCAUCCAGGGAGUGACGGUUGACCCACACUUUCAUGACCGAGUGGCCUCUUUUUUUGAGGGCCAAGUGGCCAUCUGGGAUCUGAGGAAGUUUGAGAAGCCUGUGCUCACACUAACAGAGCAGCCAAAGCCCCUCACCAAGGUGGCUUGGUGUCCUACCAGGACAGGCCUGCUGGCCACACUGACUAGAGACAGUAACAUCAUCCGACUGUAUGAUAUGCAACACACUCCUACGCCCAUCGGCGAUGAGACAGAGCCCACCAUCAUUGAGCGAAGCGUGCAGCCAUGUGAAAGCCAGAUUGGCAGCUUCGCCUGGCAUCCGUCCUCUCAGAAUCGCAUGGUGGUUGUAUCAGCAGCUAAUCGGGUCAUGACUGAUUUCACCGUGUUCGAGCGCAUCUCAUUGGCCUGGAGCUCUACCACCUCGCUGAUGUGGGCUUGCGGCAGACACCUGUACGACUGCGUGGAGGACGGGGCUGAAGGGUUGGAGAGCGUGAUCGAGAAAGACAUCGCAACGAAAAUGAGGCAGAGAGCUCAGUCCAGGUACGGGCAUGAUACGACGCAGGUGUGGAAGAAUCACAUGCUGGCGGGGGGAGACGAUCCUCAGCUGAAGUCUUUGUGGUAUGACCUGUUCUAUAUGAAGCAGUGCGCAGAGGAUAUGGAGCUGAAACUUCAGGGGAACAAACAGUCUGUGGUCUAUUCUGGUAUCAAAAACAUUGUAAAGACCAGCUCAGGCACUACAGAGAGCCGUAGGUGCUGGAGCGGUUCAGACCGACAGACAGAUGUACCACGAUACCUCAGUGAGGAGCGUUUCCUCGCCCUGCGGCUUUGCGGUUGGGUCGGCCGAGGUCCAGAUAUCGACGUAGAGGUGUUCUUACGAUCUCUGGAGCAGGAGCGAGAAUGGGAGCGGGCGGCUGCUGUGGCUCUGUUCAACCUAGACAUCCGGCGGGCCAUCCAGAUCCUCAACAAGGGAGCGACUGCUGAGAAGGGUGAUCUGAACCUGAACGUAGUCGCCAUGGCUCUGUCAGGCUACACAGACGAGAAGUCUUCUCUGUGGAGGGAGAUGUGCAGCUCUCUGAGGCUGCAGCUGAAGAACCCCUACCUGUGCGUCAUGUUUGCCUUUCUCACCAGUGAGCCUGGGGCCUACGAUGGCGUGCUGUAUGAGAGCAGUGUUGCUGUGCGGGACCGAGUUGCCUUUGCUUGUAUGUUUCUCAGUGACGCCCAGCUGCCUCGUUACAUUGACAAACUGACCAAUGAAAUGAAGGAGGCGGGGAACCUGGAGGGCAUCCUGCUGACGGGUUUGACUAAAGAUGGCGUAGACCUUAUGGAAAGCUACGUGGAUCGCACAGGAGAUGUCCAGACUGCCAGCUUUUGCAUGCUGAAGGGAUCUCCAGGUGAUGUAUUGAAAGACCCUCGAGUCCAAUGCUGGAUUGAAAACUACCGCAACCUGUUGGAUGCGUGGAGAUUUUGGCACAAACGGGCUGAGUUUGACAUCCACAGAGGAAAACUGGACCCCAGCUCCAAACCGCUGGCUCAGGUGUUUGUGAGCUGCAACUUCUGUGGGAAGUCCAUCUCCUACAGCUGCUCUUCGAUGCCUCACCAGGGCCGUGGAUUCAGCCAGUAUGGUGUAAGCGGCUCGCCCACCAAGUCCAAAGUCACCAGUUGCCCCGGCUGCAGGAAGCCCCUGCCUCGCUGUGCCCUCUGCCUCAUGAACAUGGGCACACCUGUUUCUAAUUGCCCAGGAACAGGAAAGUCAGAUGAAAAGAUGGACCUGACAAGGGAGAACAAACUCGCUCAGUUCAACAACUGGUUCACCUGGUGUCACAACUGUCGACAUGGCGGCCAUGCUGGCCACAUGCUCAGCUGGUUCAGAGACCACACAGAGUGCCCUGUGUCGGCUUGCACGUGUAAAUGCAUGCAGCUGGACACCACAGGGAACCUGGUGCCUUCAGACAGCAGCUAAACAGAAGACGCCUGUCGGAAACUGAAGCCAAACACCAGCACGAAGCCAACCAGUGCAGGUUCACUGCUGCACCCGCCACACCAACAACUGGCCAAGGGACGAAUGGUGCCAGCAGCGUCCUCCUCUGGAGCGGCUGCUUGAAUAGAAUGAAAUACUGUUAAGUUAUAGCCUAGUGAAUGUAACUUUUGUAACAGAGCCCUAUAUGAAGAAGGGAGGCAGUGUGUGUUACUGAUUUCACUAACUGAAUCAAUGACAGAAAGGGAGCAAAUGCAAACUCACUCUUCUGCUAAUGAGAAUCCUACUCAGGAGAAAUACAAGAGGCGCUGCUGUAAUCAGCCUCUUCAAAUUUAACCUGAAUCAGGCUUGUUGUUUUAUUGUAAUCUAUUAAAGAAGAAAAUCAUUUGUUCAGUCACACAUCGGGUUGUAAAGAUGUGAUCAUAGGUGCCAAUAUGUCCUUUUCGUAGCUUGUGCUUUAAUAUUUAACGUCUUGUUUGUCUUACGAAAGGAUCUUCACAUACCUCAUGAAAGUGAUGUUCGGGGGGUGAAGUACGGUCAUGCCGGGUGAUGAGCAGAGUGUAGCGCACAAUAACAACACUCUCUUGCUCUCUUCGUGUUCUUCUAUGCCACUCUUCAUCUAGCAUUGUGCAGGGAGGGCUUCCAGCAUGAGGGUGGUUUAGGGGGCGAGAAGGAUGAAGGAUAGGAGAAGGUAGGGGUGCAAGGGUAAGGAGGGUGGGUGGUUGGGUGCGUCUGUAUUCACCAGCCCACUCCAGGCCUGUGGUCCAUGAAAGAAGCUCGCCAGAAAACAGCAGCUGCUCGGCACUCUGACAAGACCCUCCAGAUUGUUCCCCUCAUAAAGAACCUCAGCUGCCGGAACACUAUUGACUCAAAGAGAGGGUGAGAGAACAGACAGCCUGAGCCCUCUCACCCCCCUCCCCUCCUUUCCUACACCCUCUGACAUACACAGACAUGCCCUCUCUUUCUUUCUCCUUCUCUCCAGUGCCCAAAUUGCACCCCAAAACUAUGCAUACCACACAUCAAUCCAAGGAUGGGCGCCGUCUGUAAGGGGACGGCCGUGUGUAAGCUGCAUUGUAAAUGGGUUUUCUCUCUUUCUCCGCCACCCUCCCUGCUCUGUCACCAACCUAGGGAGGCAUUGUAAGUUAGAGGCAGCCUGCACCAGAGCUGGCUAAAUCACUUAGUCAUGGAGCGGGGAGGAGGAGAGAAGUGAGGAGAGAGGGAAGGGGGGCACAGGAGCUACUGUAUGCUGCUUUCACCAGGAUCCCGGUGUGGGAGGUUUUAUAGGCCUGUGUGCCCUUUUGUGAACUAUUUCUGAGUGGAGCUGACAAAUUGGCGAGCCGUGUUGUGUCCUGAAAAACACAGACGCUGGAAUUUCAUCCUUUCACUGUUUCUUGUUGUGUUUGCCUUUUAAAUAAAUUCCAGCUGACAAAUUGGAGCGCUGCUGAAUGGGCUGUUAUCCAUAAGUUUACAUGGUUUAUUUUUACAUUAUCGUGUUUCAUAGACACAGAUGGCGUGGGUUUUCAGUCAUAUGCAUUCUUUAUCUUUGCUUAAAAGCAUUGAGUCACACAUUAUUCUUCCAUGGGAACUCCUGCAGAAACACAGGACCUGAUUGCAGGCAGAGAGGUGGACAUCAGUGAAAAACAACACAUUUUAACUUUCAGAAACAAUCAAUAAAUGUUGUUUGUUGCUCUUUAUUUGCUUAAAUGUUCAUUAUUAGAUGUUUGCAACAAAAUGUUUGUUAGCAGUUCUGCAGUUUUUUUUUCUUGUCAGUUUCAUUUUAAAUAGAUUUAUUGUUUGUCUUCUCUAUGUUUUUCUCAAAAUUGAGAUUAGUUACCCUUCCCCUUGAUAAACAGCCAAAUUAUUUAAGUCAGUAUAAACUUUAUUGGAUGAAUAUGUUUUACAAUACAAGUAAAGGAAGACACUCACAGAUACACAUAAUUUUCAAGGCAGAAUUAAAAUAUGAAAACACGUAAAACUAUUACCACGAGUUAA